CUAGUUUGGCAUCAGUCGAUGUAAGCACGGCAGGACUGUGUGAAGUGGUUGUGUUCAUGAUGGCAUCUAGAAUAUUGAGACCUGCAGGAAAAUUAUUCACUAAAUAUUCUAAUAGAGCUUCUUCAGUGCAGCCUGCACUCUGGCGUUCUGCAUCGACUGCUCUUGAUUAUGAACAAGCAGUUCUGAAUGUGCCUGCAACUCGACUCACUGUCCUUGACAAUGGCAUGAAAGUUGCCUCUGAAGACUCGGGUGCUCCAACUGCAACUGUUGGUCUCUGGAUUGACACCGGGUCUCGUCAUGAAACUGAGCGCAACAAUGGAGUUGCCCACUUUCUGGAGCACAUGGCCUUCAAGGGCACUAACAAGCGCAGCCAGACUGACUUGGAGUUGGAAGUGGAGAACAUGGGAGCUCAUCUGAACGCAUACACUUCACGGGAGCAGACUGUGUUCUAUGCCAAGUGUUUCAGCCAGGACGUUCCUCGUGCUGUAGAGAUUCUUUCUGAUAUUGUACAGAACAGCAAGUUGGGCGAGGCUGAGAUUGAGCGCGAGCGCGGCGUAAUCCUGCGGGAGAUGCAGGAGGUGGAAGGCAACAUGCAGGAGGUGGUGUUUGAUCAUCUGCACGCCAUUGCUUUCCAGGGCACUCCUCUUGCCCAGACCAUUCUUGGCCCUACUAAGAAUAUUCAGUCAAUUAGUCGGCGCGACUUGGUGGACUACAUCCAAGCACACUACACAGGCCCCCGCAUGGUGCUGGCGGGCGCUGGGGGAGUGGACCACAAUACCCUCACUGAUCUUGCCAAGGAGCACUUCAAAGGCCUUACAGGCUCUCAUAGGGAUAUCCCAUCUCUGCCUUCCUACUGCCGUUACACUGGUUCUGAGGUUCGUGUUCGUGACGACGACAUGCCCCUUGCGUACAUGGCGAUCGCCGUACAAGGCUGUGGAUGGAACAACCCUGACAACAUCCCUCUCAUGAUCGCCAAUACCAUCGUCGGCAACUGGGACAGAACGCACGGCGGCGGCAUGAACACUGCAGUCAACCUUGCUAAGGCAUGCACUGAGGGAUCGCUUGCUCACUCUUACCAGUCAUUCAACACCUGCUACAAAGAUACGGGUCUCUGGGGCAUCUACUUCGUCACUGAGAAGAUGAAGAUCAUUGACCUUGUGUUCAACAUUCAACACGAAUGGAUGAGGCUGUGCGAGACAGUGACCGACUUUGAAGUGGAGCGCGCCAAGAACAUGUUGCGGACCAACAUGCUGCUGCAACUGGACGGCACCACGCCCAUCUGCGAGGACAUUGGUCGUCAAAUUCUCUGCUAUGGCCGCCGCAUUCCCUUCUCCGAGCUGGAUGCCAGGAUUGCUGCUGUGAAUGCGGAGGUGGUGCGCGAAGUGUGCACCAAGUACAUCUACGACAAGUGCCCAGUUCAAGUCGGUGUUGGGCCCAUCGAGCAAAUGCGUGACUACAACAACCUGCGCUCUGGCUUCUACUGGCUCAGGAUCUAAAGUAAAUUUCCUCAAUAUCCAACCCAUGAUUUUUCUUUUGAUUGUAUUGUUUUCAUAGUGGCGAAAAAGAACCUGUUCGUGCGGGCAUGACUUUGGAUAUCAUUCAUUUAAAGUUUUAUGUCCUUUCAAACUAGACAUUCGAUAGGUGAAUUACCCAGCAUAUUAAAUGGCAGAGCUAAUUGUAGAACCAAUCGGAGAGCAAAAACUUUUUGUCUUCACAGCCAUAGAAUGAGUGAGCAAAGACUUAUGUCUGCAACAAGUGCCACUCAUGCUUUUCGUGGAGCUUAAGCUACAGUUAUUUGUUAAGCUGUUAUAAGUUAUUUUGUUGCAUCAAUUGAGAAGAAAGGUGAUUAAACAAUACCUCCGCCAAGGUACAAAUUUAAUUGCGAAAAUGUCUACGAAAACAUCUCCAUAUCGUCAUCAGUUAUUUAAUGUACAGGGAUAUACCAGCGGCGCUGUGUGACUGUUGUAAAUAGUUUCAUAAGUUACAAAUUAUAAAUCACAGGAAUUUA